CUGAAAAUCAAGCGAAGAAAACGAACCCAAGAGAAGCCAAAACUUUCUUCAGUUUCAUCCUGGGCAUAUGCUUUCUGGAUAACGCAUCUCAUCAAUCGUGAUUAAGCUAGGGUUAGGGUUCGAGUUAGGAUUUUGGCGCAUGGAGGAUGGAGACUCUGCAGCAGAGAGUGGAAUCAUGGAUCAAAGACCAAAGAGCGAAGAUGCUGAAGGUCUCGUGGGGUCCGCUGCAGUGGAGGAUGCGGUGGCCAUGGAAGAACGACAGAGAGCAGAGGAAGAAGCUUCAGGAGGAGUACGAGCGCCGAAGAAAGCAGCUUCACGAUCUCUGCCAUGCCGUUAAGGCCGAUUCCAUUUCUGAUUUGCAGGAAAUUCUCUGUUGCAUGGUUCUCUCUGAGUGCGUUUACAAGAGACCUGCUACUGAGAUUGUUCGAGCUGUGAACAAAUUUAAGGCUGACUUUGGAGGACAAAUCGUUUAUCUAGAGCGCGUGCAGCCUUCUUCGGACCAUGUUCCUCACAGGUAUCUGUUGGCAGAAGCAGGUGACACAUUAUUUGCUUCCUUUAUUGGAACAAAGCAGUAUAAGGAUGUCAUGGCUGACGCUAAUAUUCUGCAAGGUGCCAUAUUUCAUGAGGAUGCUGUUGAGGAUACUGAGGCGAUUGAAGCUAUUAAAUCUGACCAAGUUGCAGCUAGAAAUAAAAAUGCAGAGAACAUCAUGAAGCCCCUUGAAACAAAACCAAAGCCACUUAAACUUAAACCUGCUGUUCAUCGGGGUUUCUUGGCUCGUGCUAAAGGGAUACCUGCUUUGGAGUUGUACAGGCUGGCUCAGAAGAAGAAACGGAAACUUGUUCUUUGUGGUCAUUCACUUGGUGGAGCAGUAGCAGCAUUGGCCACCCUCGCAAUUUUGAGAGUUAUUUCUGCUUCCUCUUUAUCAAAAGAAAAUGAAAAAGUUGCUGUCAAAUGUAUAACAUUCUCCCAGCCCCCGGUCGGAAAUGCUGCAUUAAAAGAUUAUGUUAAUAGAAAAGGAUGGCACCAUUAUUUCAAGACUUACUGCAUUCCGGAGGAUCUGGUGCCUCGCAUCUUGUCACCUGCUUAUUUUCAUCACUAUAAUGCACAACUAAUGCCUGCUGAUGUUGGAAUUAUUAAUUCAUCAACCUUAAAAGGGGAAAAACUAAGGGCAGACAAGCCAAAAGAGAAUGAGGGGGAGCAACUGGUACUGGGUUUAGGCCCUGUGCAGAGUUCUUUUUGGAGACUUUCAAGACUUGUUCCUUUAGAGAGUGUUAAGAGACAAUUGAGCAAAUACAGAGGAAAACAAGUUGAUCCCAUUGAAACAUCUCCUCUAAACGAUUCUGCUCUAGCUUCUUCAAUAGAUGAUAUGGUGGUUGAGCCGCAGUCUCUUGAAAUCCAGGAGGGUUCUGAUGGCAUCUCUCUUAAACCAUUUUCUGACAUGGAUAAAGGGGAUGUAGCAACAACUAAAAAGUUAGAAGGAAAAAGCAACUCUGAUCGUGUAAAUAAUAGGGCAUGGCGUAGAGUGCCUUAUUUGCCUUCAUAUGUACCAUUUGGACAGCUCUAUCUGUUGGGCAAUUCAUCAGUGGAAUCACUGUCAGGGGCAGAGUACUCAAAGUUGACAUCUGUCAAAUCUGUGAUUGCUGAACUAAGGGAACGGUUUCAGUCACAUUCAAUGAAGUCAUAUAGGUCUCGGUUUCAGAGAAUCUACGACCUAUGCAUGAGUGAUAAUGCACUGUUCUUGGGCAUGGAGCAAAUGCAGCAAUUUCCAAAUUUGCAACAAUGGCUUGGUCUUUCAGUUGCAGGUACUGUAGAGCUUGGGCAUAUUGUAGAGUCUCCAGUUAUCCGAACAGCUACUUCUAUCGUUCCUCUUGGAUGGAGUGGUGUUCCUGGUGAGAAGAAUGGAGAACCUUUGAAAGUUGAUAUUACUGGUUUUGGGUUACAUCUGUGUUCAGUAGUUCAGGCACAAGUAAAUGGUAACUGGUGCGCAACUACAGUGGAAUCCUUUCCACCAACACCAGCUUACUCUUCAAAUCAUGGGCUACAGCCAGAUUUACAAAGGAUACGAGUUUUAGUUGGAGCUCCAUUGAAGCGACCACCAAAGCAUCAGAUAGUGACAGAUCCAGUAACACCCAUGUUUUCUUCUAUUGAUUCAGACUCUGUUAAUCUCAACAGGGAACUCAGUGCAGGUGCCUUUAAUGAGGGAAAAAAAUUUGUCUGCCCUGAAGGUUUAAAUGAUUUUAUUAUAUUUUGUUUGAGUGAUUUCACUACUGUGUCCAAGGAAGUUCAUUUCAGAACUCGUAGAGUGCGAUUACUUGGCCUUGAGGGUGCUGGUAAAACUUCUCUUUUUAAGGCCAUACUGAAUGAAGGCAGACUGACUGGCACUACUGGUAUUGAAAAUCUGCGUCUAGAAGCUGAUGAUCAAGACGGUAUAGCUGGUGGAUUAUGCUACUCAGAUUCAGCUGGAGUAAAUUUGCAGGAGCUGAAUAUGGAAGUCUCUCGUUUCAAAGAUGAACUAUGGAUGGGAAUCCGUGAUCUUAGUAGGAAGACAGAUUUGAUUGUUCUGGUGCACAACCUGUCACAUAGAGUACCUCGAUACAAUCAGUCAGAGAUAUCACAGCAAAAGCCAGCCCUUUCACUUCUUUUAGACGAGGCUAAAGCACUUGGAAUCCCUUGGAUCCUUGCCAUAACAAACAAAUUUUCUGUCAGUGCACACCAGCAAAAAGCAGCAGUUGAUACUGUCAUUCAGACAUAUCAAGCAUCUCCAAGCACUACUGAAGUUGUCAAUUCCAGUCCAUAUGUUAUGCCCACUGCUGCUAGUGUUCCUUGGGGUGCAAUAAGUCGAGGUUCUGAUUCGAGGAUGGGUGCACAAAAUCUUCUUCUUGCUCCAUUUAACCUUGUUCGGAGACCAUUCCAGAAGAAAGAUGCCAUUCUCCCAGUAGAGGGUGUAGCCUCUCUUUGUCAGCUUGUCCACCGUGUGCUUCGGAGCCACGAGGAAGCCUCUUUACAGGAACUUGCAAGAGAAAGACUUCUGUUAGAAUUGGCACGAGAACGUGCAAUGGAAAGAGAUGCAAGUCAAGAUUCUCGAGCCAAGGAGAACUCUUUGACUGCUGCUGCUGUUGGUGCUUCCCUUGGGGCUGGUAUUGGCAUUGUCCUGGCUGUAGUCAUGGGCGCAGCAUCUGCAUUACGGAAACCAUGAAAAUUUACCAUUCUUUUAUCACAUUCUUUCUUUAUGACGUGCCCUGGGAUGCAAAAUUCAGGUUAGAGUCUAUAUUCAUUGGGGUUAAGCAUUAGUGGCCAUUGAAACCUUAUUUGUUCCUUCUUUGUUUUGUAGUUUAUAGUUUUUUGGAGCAAUUGUGGUAUUAAAUUAAGUUUACCCUAAACGUUAUCAUUGAUUUAAAUUAAGAGAUGGGGAAAAAAUCAAUAUUGGGAGCUAGAAAUUUGAGAGUGAUGUGAAAGCUAGAAAUUUGAGAAUGAUGCGAAUUGGGGUUUAAUGGAUUGUAAACAUUUAGGCUGGUGUAUAUAGAGGACCCUAAUCUUCAUGGAAAUGAUGGAACCUCAAUUUCUUUAUCUAUGCAUCUAUCGCUUGACUUGAA